AACAGCUCUAAGACCCACUUGGAAACUUGCCAGAGAGAGACCAAGGGAGAGAGAGAGAGAGAGAGAGAGAGAGAGAGAGCAUGUCAUCAGCGCGAGCACGCCGCAGAGUACCAACACGGGUCCUGUGAGGAGCAGAAAUGGGGGACAGACAGUCAGAGGUGUGCAGGGCCUACACCUUGUUUGAUGCCUUCGUGCAGGCCGCCACAUGCCGGGAGACCCUUAAAGCUUUCCAAGAGCUGUGUGAAGAGCUGAAGUUGCAUCCUGGUGGGCAGCCGCAAUUCUACCACACCCUGAGGAACAGACUGCACUACUGGAAGGCCAAAGCACUAUGGGCCAAACUGGACAAACGAGCCAGCCAAAAAGAGUACAUGAGAGGCCAUGCUUGCAUUAACACCACGUGUCUAAUUAUAGGCGCAGGUCCUUGUGGACUUCGGACUGCUAUAGAGUUGGGUUUCCUGGGUGCCAAGGUGGUUCUGGUGGAAAAGAGAGAUGCUUUCUCACGGAAUAAUGUUCUGCAUCUCUGGCCCUUCACCAUCCAGGAUCUCCGUGGGCUGGGGGCUAAAAAGUUCUAUGGAAAGUUCUGUGCAGGAGCCAUAGACCACAUCAGUAUUCGUCAGUUGCAGCUGAUGCUAUUAAAGGUGGCCUUACUUUUGGGUGUUGAGGUUCAUGUGAAUGUGGAGUUCAAACACCUGUUGGAACCUCCUGAAGACCAGGGAAAAACAAGUAUUGGCUGGAGAGCAGAGGUCCACCCCUCCUCUCAUCCAGUUAGACAGCUGGAGUUUGAUGUAGUCAUUGGAGCAGAUGGCAGGAGGAACACAUUACCAGGGUUUCGCAGGAAGGAGUUUCGGGGUAAACUGGCCAUUGCCAUCACAGCGAAUUUCAUCAAUCGUAACACCACCGCUGAGGCUAAAGUGGAAGAGAUCAGCGGUGUAGCCUUCAUCUUUAACCAAAGGUUCUUUCAAGACCUGCGACAAGCUACAGGAAUUGAUCUAGAGAAUAUAGUAUAUUAUAAAGACGACACUCACUACUUCGUCAUGACCGCUAAAAAACAAAGUCUUCUGGACAAAGGAGUCAUACUGAAUGAUUAUGCUGAUACAGAGAUGUUGCUGUCCAGGGGUAACGUGGACCAGAAUGCAUUGCUCUCCUAUGCCCGUGAAGCAGCUGAUUUCUCCACCAAUCAUCAGCUCCCUAUACUUGACUUUGCCAUCAACCACUACGGCCAACCAGACGUGGCCAUGUUUGAUUUCACCUGUAUGUACGCUUCUGAGAACGCAGCAAUGGUGCGCCAGCGCAGGGGACGUCCUCUGCUGGUCACUUUGGUGGGUGACAGUUUACUAGAGCCAUUCUGGCCUAUGGGGACAGGAAUUGCACGGGGAUUUCUGGCAGCUAUGGAUACUGCAUGGAUGGUUCGCAGCUGGGGUCAGGGCAAGACCCCUUUAGAGGUUGUAGCUGAGAGAGAGAGUGUGUAUCGGUUGCUUCCUCAGACAACACCAGAGAAUGUCAGUAAGAACUACUGCCAGUACAGUCUGGAUCCAACUAGCCGUUAUCCAAACUUCAAAAUGCAACUCAUCAAUGCUGCUCAGGUGUGUCAUCUCAUAGACACAGGUGAGGGUCCAGUUUUGGGAGUUGACGCAGUCAAUUCUCCACACCCAAGACUUACACGACAAGAAUCAACAGCUCGUUACAGUAAGCUAUUGAGCUGGUGUCAGGAACAGAUGCAGGGUUACAUGAAUGUGUGUGUGACAGACUUCACAACUUCCUGGAGGAGUGGCCUGGCCCUGUGCGCUCUCAUUCACAGAUACAGACCUGACCUCAUUGAUUUUGCCUCUCUGGAGGAGCAUGAGGCUGAGCUCAAUGGACAGAUGGGUUUGGAUGUGGCAGAGCAAGAAUUUGGUAUUUGUCCUAUAUUGACUGGCAAAGAGAUGAGCACAUUGGAAGAAAGUGACUCUCUUUGCAUGGUCAUGUACCUCAGUCAACUUCAUGAGCUCCUCAAAGACACAGAACCACCCAGUGAAAGCCUGAGCUCCGAUGAGAGAGCUGUUCUGUUCUCCAGCACCAGGUCACCCAUCUCUCUGCUCAGUAAACUGGGACAGAGUCUUUCCCGCAAGCGCAAUCCUAAGGAUAAGAAAGAGAAAGAUGUAGACAGUGUUGGAAAGAGGAGGAGAACAAGUCAAGCUGGCCAAUCAGAGGAUGAGGACAGUCCUCAUGAUACCAAAGAUGAUCAGACUGCUGCAGUAACUCCCGAGUCAGAACCAAAGAUAGGUGCGGAUGGUCACAGCAAGGUCCGGUCCAUGGCAACACUACUGCUGGCUAAGUUUGAGGAGAACGCCCCAUCGGCUUCAGCCAUCGCAGUACGCAGACAGAGCUACAUUCAGAUGUAUACAGGCGGUGUGAGCUCAUUGGCUCAGCAGAUAGCCAGUCAGAUUCAGAGUCAGCAGGACCAAGCUCCCAAGCUCCUUCACAGGAGGGAGUUGGGCUCUCAAAAGAAAAACUUUCCCGUGAGCGUGGGUGGCAGCGAUGUGUGUUAUUUUUGCGCUCAGCGUGUGUAUGUCAUGGAGAGGUUAAGCGCGGAGGGAAAGUUCUUCCACAGGAGCUGCUUCCAGUGUGACCACUGCAGUUCCACAUUACGCCUCUCCAACUACGCUUACGACCAGCUACAUGGGAAGUUUUACUGUAAGCACCACUACAGUUUCAAACUGGCCGGAGUGACUCACAGAAAGAGACCGGCCCCUCCUGUGGCCCCUCGGCCUGCUCAGGCUGUUCCUGCCCCAUCCUCGGCUUCUACAUCUCUGUCCUCUCCAGGCUCAGUGGACAUGGCCACACCACCAGACUGCUGGUCCUCCACCACCCACCGAGACAUGACAUCCAGUCUGGCUAAGCGACUAUGUGGUACUCCAGAACGCAUAGAGCUGGAGAACUACAAACCCUGUCCACCGCAACAGAACAGCCCUUUACUGGAGGUUCCAGAGGAGACGUUGGCACAGCACAACCUCAGUGCAAGCCUGCAGGAGAAGAACCCAGAGGAGCAGUCCAGCUCUGAGUCAGAGCUGGAUGAGGAGGAGCUUGCCUGGAAGAGGGAGGAGGUGCCACAUGCCAGGACCAAUGGAGAAAGAGAUGUAGAUCUGGGGGAGGGGCAAAAGGAGGAAGAGGGAGAUGUGGAUCUUGAAAGACAAGGGGAGAAGGAGGAAGAGGAGGAGAAAGAAGAAGACAAACGGGACGUUUCUGAAGAUAAAGAAGGUGAAAAAGAAGAAGAAGAGGAGGAGAAGGAUGACGAAGGAAAUUCUAGUGAUGAGGGUGAGUACUGCCCUUGGGAGAGGGAACGGCUUUCAGGGGUGUGGCUUGAGGAAGAGGCGGGGUUUAUGGAAGAGUCCUGUGAAGGGUACAGCAGCGACCCGGAUUUAGAAGCCAGCUCGGACAGAGAAUCCAAACCGUGUGAUCUACAGCAACAACAAGAUACAGCUUCAGUGUUUUUGACUCAUGUACAGUUUCACCAAGUACCCACCUCGCCAGAGUCCUCACCUACCCAGAAACACACUAUAUUCAAUUAUAUCUCCACACCCAAACCUGAACUGGUUAUUGGCCCAGAAAAACCAACCACCAAGAGGUCAGAGGUCAUCGAGGAGUUCUGGCUAAAGAGUGCAGAGAUCAGGAGGAGUUUAGGACUAACCCCACUGUCUAGAGAUUGCCACCCCGAACUUAUGGCAGAUUCCUCUAACGAAAAAUCCAUUACUAAAGAAAGCUUUUACACCUCGGUCACAUACAUACCGUCCUACAAUAAUUCCGGCUCAGAUUCAGCCUAUCAAACGCCAAGAAACAGUGUUUCAAGCAAACAAACUCCCUCUCAGACGGAUGUUCAUAGCAUGCACACACACUCACCAUCUUCUGUACCAUCUCACACUCUUGAAGGUGAGGCAGGUGUUGCUUUAGAGGAGGCCAUAGGGCGAUGUUCUGUAAUCCACAGACUCAGCAUCACUGUUGAAGGUUGUGUGAUGGCUGACAAGCAAGAUUUGGACCCUAAUCCUGCCUCUUUUGAUACAAAUCAAAGAGAUUUAAAUCCCGAUGCAGGCCUUUUGACCCCUCCCUACAGCCCACUUCACUCCCCUCUUGUUGCACGACAGUCUUGCACCCUUCGACAUUCUGAACCGGUUCUGGAGCAAGAUGUUCUGGUCUGUUCAUCUUCAUACCCGCAGCGGGACAGUUUUAAACUCAACCAAGCUCAGAGUCUUCCUUCAGAUGAGAUAGAGGUACUAUGUGGGGGUGACCCCGAAGAGGCUCACCCUUACCCUGCUACACCAACCAGACUGCCGGAAAGAUCAAACAUCAUGGAGACUGGCAAUAUGGUUGGAGCCAACCAUGCUGAGAUGGGUAAGCGCAGACUGGAACACAGGAGGACACUUUCAGACCAGGUGGUCACCCCAUUGCUGGCAGGGGGGCCAGAGGUCAGGCUUCGGAGGUCAGAAAUGAAACUAUGGGGGGCGGAGGGGAGAAUAGAGGAGAAGGACAAAAAAAGCAAAUCGUUGUUCUCACCCCGUAAAAGCAGGAAGAGCAUGAAUGUAGCUGCUGAGACCAAGCAGGAGCCAGGAAAGCAUAAGUCCCUUUGGAAGGCUGUUUUUUCUGUGUAUAAGAAGGACAAGAAGAAGAAGGAGGCAGCGAUGAUGGCUGACACUCUACCUGCCACUGCUAAACCUGAGAGCAAACGGAAAGUGCCGGGUAUCAACAGAACCACAGACCUGUGUUUCAGGAAGAAUCCCAGUUUCUCUGAGGAAACAGACUUGUCCUGCAGUGCUGUUUUAGAAAGAUGUCCUCUCAGAGCUCAGCUGAAUCAAGAGCUAUCUGACUUUCUGAAGCCAGACCUUCAGAAAGAAACAAUUAAUGAGGAGGUUCAGGAAGGGGAAGAGUCGCUUUACGUGCCUCAUGCACUGGCAUUCAAGAGAGCGUACGCCAUUAAGAAACACAAUGUUAAGCCAGAGCGGCCAGCCAAGGUAUCCACACCUGAGUCGUCAUGUCCGACAGAGGUGGUAGGUGUGUGGGUGGUGUUCCCCGACCCCUCCAGCAUAAGUUUGUGUACCACGCUGUUUCAGAAAGCAGGAACAGAGGAAGAACUCAAUGCCAAGCUGACCCGCAGAGUGCAGAGAGCAGCGCGCAGACAGGCCAAGCAAGAGGAGCUGCGGAGAUUGCAUAGAGCACAGAUGAUUCAGCGUCAGUUGGAGCAGGUGGAAGUGAAGCAGAGGCAGCUGGAGGAGAGGGGCGUGGCCGUCGAAAAAGCUCUGAGAGGGGAAGCAGACUUCUGGGAAGACUCUAGUACCUCUGACCUCUUGGACAUACACCUUGGUGAGCCCUUUCCUGGUUCUCUUUGUAGAAGACCUGUCUAUCUCUGUCCUUGCUGUUCUUCAGAAGCCAAAGCUAAAGGGACAGAACAUGAUCACUCUGUAUAUAUCUGUACAGUCUUUUUCCUUUAUGUAGUGCAAGAACCUCCACUUCAACAGCUAAGAAUGGGAAAGAAAGAUGACCCUAGCCUGAUGCAUCAGUGGUUUAAGCUGGUACAGGAAAAGAAUGCCCUUGUGCGCUAUGAAUCUGAGCUUAUGAUAUUUGCACGUGAGCUGGAACUGGAGGACAGACAAAGUCGUCUGCAACAGGAGCUGAGAGAGCGCAUGGCAGUAGACGACCAUCUUAAGGAAGAGGAGGAGUUGGCGGAGGAGAGGCGUAUUUUGAGCGAGAUGCUGGAUGUGGUAGAGCAGAGGGAUGCGCUGGUAGCCCUGCUGGAAGAGCAGAGAGUGAGGGAGAGAGAGGAAGACAGUGACCUGGAAGCAGUGAUGCUUUCUAAGGGCUUCAGCCUACACUGGGACUGACUCAAACAUGCAUGGAUUUCAUCAAACUGCUUUAAGGGCCACUCUGCAUCGAGAUCUGCUACAUAAAUAUGCAGAUACUCUGUAUUCAUUGGUCCAAACAAGCCCUUCCACCUGCACUCUGGGCCAUACAUGCAAUGGCACAUAUAUGCUUUGGUGUCCUAAUAAUAUACACCAGGACUCGGCAAGAGAUUCCUACAAAAUAAUGCUCCUGGUGGGGAUAAGUGGAGAUGUCUUGCUGCCAAAUAAUGCGCCUUUAAAACCGCUAUGCUACUAUGCAAAAAAACACAUUUAAAUGUCAACUUUUUGUUGUAUUAUGUGGAUAAAGGAAAGGUACAGCUUUAAUUUGACCAGUCCAUGUCUUUUACACUAGUGAUGGAGAGGAAUAUGAAAUGGCAUAUACAGCCAUAUUGUUAAUGUACAGUAAUUUCCAUAAGAUUGAUGCAUGUAAACUUAGAUGCACACAAUAAGGCCUGUAAAAAAAAUAAAAAAAAAAAAAUGCAUUUUUUUUUUUUUAUGUUGUUUAACAUGCACAAUCUAACCCCCACACUGUAAUUUUUUGCUAUUUAUUGACUGAAAUAUGCUUAAAAAUCAUCUUGGUUUGCUCCGAAUAAAUAAAACCAACUUGCUAAGAA